UUUAUUUCCUUUUUCCCCUUUUCCUUACUUCUUUCUCGCUUCUGCUUUGGGUUUGUUUGUUUGUUUGUUCUUUUCCCAUCUCUCCUCUCUUCUUCUGCUGGCGGUAAAGGACCUCGCUGCUCCGGCUUCUACAAGCGGUUGGAUGCAGAACAAGACCCGGGCACUGCAGGCCAACGCUGCCGAUCCCAGCAUUUGCGAGCAGCCGGGGCCUUCAUAGUCUUGGAUAUCGUUUUUUUCCAACUCGCCUCCCUUUGCUUUGGGAAACGAGGACAUGGAAAGGAGACAAGAGAUUGGAUGAGCGGGGACAUAGCCGGAAAGAAAAGGGGGAUUAUUUCAAAAGUGGCGGGGCGGGCCUGAGUGUAACAUUUUAGGAUUUAAAAGUGCUACCGUGAGCGAGUGUCCCUGGGCCGCAGCUCUCCUGCGGACUCCGGUUUGUAGGAAAUAGCGGCCUACUGGGUGGGCACGCUCCAGCGGGCGUCCAAGGGUGACCAGCGGUGGGUCAGCACCACAGAGAAUCAGGGUCCGGGGCACUGUCAGGAAGCGCAGCGCCCCGAGGCCUGCUGCCUCCAGGACCUCCCGGCUCCAGGGCCGGCGGUGCAGAGCAGGCCUCUUGGAGAGCCAGCGCCCGGGAAGGAAGACAGGCUUUGGAGGGUCGUUGCCCCGGUGGCGACAGGUGUCCCUGGGCCACAGGAUUCCUCCAUUGGUGUUGUUCACCGCCGGGCGCAGCACCCGAAAUCGGUCUAGGAGACGCGUGGGGACAGCCGAGCAGAACAGGGCCCCUGGACAGCGUGGCCAAAGAGCUGGGAUCCCAUUUGCUGCAGACCCUGGAUGGCUUCGUUUUUGUGGUGGCCUCUGAUGGCAAAAUCAUGUAUAUAUCUGAGACAGCUUCUGUCCAUCUAGGUUUGUCCCAGGUGGAGCUCACAGGCAACAGUAUUUAUGAGUACAUCCAUCCUUCUGACCACGAUGAGAUGACCGCUGUCCUCACAGCCCACCCUCCACUCCACCAUCACCUGCUCCAAGGUUCGUCCUCCACACCACAGGAGACCAGAAUGAAGCAAGAGUACGAGAUAGAGCGGUCCUUCUUCCUUCGAAUGAAAUGCGUCUUGGCAAAAAGAAAUGCAGGCCUGACAUGCAGUGGAUACAAGGUCAUCCACUGCAGCGGUUACUUGAAGAUCAGGCAGUAUAUGCUGGACAUGUCCCUGUACGACUCCUGCUACCAGAUCGUGGGGCUGGUGGCCGUGGGCCAGUCGCUGCCACCCAGUGCCAUCACAGAGAUCAAGCUGCACAGCAACAUGUUCAUGUUUAGGGCCAGCCUUGACCUGAAGCUCAUAUUCCUGGAUUCCAGGGUGACGGAGCUUACAGGCUAUGAGCCACAAGACCUUAUCGAAAAGACACUGUACCACCACGUUCACGGCUGCGAUACCUUCCACCUCCGCUAUGCGCACCACCUCUUGCUGGUGAAAGGCCAGGUCACCACCAAAUACUACCGGCUGCUGUCCAAGCUGGGCGGCUGGGUGUGGGUGCAGAGCUACGCCACCGUGGUCCACAACAGCCGCUCCUCCCGGCCUCACUGCAUCGUGAGUGUCAAUUAUGUCCUCACGGAUAUCGAAUACAAGGAGCUUCAGCUGUCUCUGGACCAGGCGUCCACUUCUAAGCCUCAGGACUCCUGGAGAACUACCUUGUCUACCUCACAAGAAACUAGGAAAUCAGCUAAACCCAAAAAUACGAAGAUGAAGACAAAGCUGAGAACAAACCCUUACCCCCCACAGCAAUACAGCUCGGUCCAAAUGGACAAACUGGAGUGCAGCCAGGCGGGAAACUGGAGAGCCAGUCCCCCCACAAAUGCUCCGGCUCCCCCAGAACAGCAGCUCCAUUCAGAAGGCAGCGACCUUUUGUACGGGCCGCCCUACAGCCUCCCCUUCUCCUACCAUUACGGACACUUCCCCUUGGACCCGCACGUCUUCAGCAGCAAGAAGCCGGCGCUGCCCGCCAAGUUCGGGCAGCCCCAAGGAUCCCCGUGUGAGGUGGCACGCUUCUUCCUGAGCACGCUGCCAGCCAGCGGCGAAUGCCAAUGGCAUUACGCCAACCCCCUAGUGCCCAGCAGCCCAGCGCCAGCUAAAAACCUUUCUGAGCCUCCUGUAAAUGCUGCCCGGCAUGGACCUGUGCCAAACUAUGAAGGAAUGAGAAAUGACUGGGUUACAGGCCACGUGUCCCGAGAACACCAGAGACAGUACAAAGAGCAAAGGCAAACAGAGUGCCCAGACCACCCAUAUAACUCCUGGCUUUAUUCAUGCUCCCACGGGGAGACAGAAAUGAUUUUCCAAACCAGCUCCCCUGUUUGUCAACACCCCGGCCGGCUACAUCCACGAGAUGCCUUUUCACUGUGCCUCAGAGUUACCGGCAGAAGCCAUGAACACAGAACAAUUAACAUGGACUCUUCCAGCCUCUGUUUUUCUCUCUGUAAAAUGGGAUUGCAGCCUAUGUAGUGAGGCUACUUAGCACACCCCAGGUGCCCGACAAGGCUGACCUUUUAACUUUCUCUGUUAGCAAGUAAGUGGGAAGAGCCAGCCCACGACCUGGGACACUCUGAGAUUUCUGUUUGGGCACUAGACCAUCACCAGCAGAGGAGGAAAGUAUGUCCUGAGGCUAGCUGUGGGAAGGUAUAAACCGGUUCCAUCUACACCUGGUGACUGCUCAGAGCAUUGAGCAAGCUGGUGCAGAUAUGGUCUGCAGGAACUCCUACAGUGAGGGUAAAUGUCACAUAAGAUGCUACGUAUGCCCCAGGAAUAAAAAAAAAUCAGCAUUUAUUAAGUAGUUCCCUGAAAUGUGUGUCCUCUUCACCCUCCUCUCUUUUCCCUCUCCCGUGGCUUUCCUUGUGCCCACACUCUCUGUGGUUUUCCUCUCUGGGCAAACUCUGAGGAUAUGACUCCAUGUUGUGAGUAGUCUACAUUUCAAAUCUGAGCAGGGACAAUCAUGGGCCAGAUGAGGCAGGAGAACAUGGUUUUCAGAAGCAGACAAUUUAGAAGAGACCACAUCAGCCACUCACUUACCCUGCCUUAGCCACAGCCUGCCCAGCAGCCAUGAUCCCUCCUUGGGAUGGUUGGAUCCCCAAUGCUCAUAAGUGCGAGGGUCCCCCACAGUCAAGGAAAGAAAAAGCAAAGGGCCUUGUAAACAUCCAUGUGAGAUAGACUUAUUAUGUCUUUGUAUCUGAGGUUUGGCUAAUGAUAUAACACACAGAAUUUGACUUUUAUUACUAUUUUACUAUUUC